CAGCAAUGUUGGACCCCAAGAAGUCGCUGGCGAUCGAUGCGCCGCCUAUUGUGCCGUACGACGAUGGCUUCUCCACCGACAGCGAGGACUACACGGAGCAAGAAGCCACAUCACACGAAUCUCCAGUGUCUUCUUCCUCUACGCCCACUUCGAUUUUAACCAAAAGAGCAGUCGUCACCGAGAACCAGUCAAAUAUCCAAAGGCAACAAAUUCGAGACGAAACACAAACAAAAGUCAUCAGACAACCCUCGAAGGACAAGCCUCAGUCUGCUACAACCACAACACGAAAGCCCGAGGAAAAUGCUUCAACACGUGCAGCAGAUUACGUUAAACCACCCGCUAAUGGCCAUUUAAAGCCUCAAGAAGUAGUCCAAACCAUUGCUCCCACGCCUAAUGGCAAGAAAGAUGAAGAAUAUUGCAGAAAUUGCAAGGGAUAUCUGACGCCAUUGGCUGAAAGACUCAAAGUGAUGAAGAGAGCCGCAUUACAGCAGUCUGGGAACAUUCCUCCUCCCUCAAGACAGUGUUUCUGCUGCCAUAUCACGUACCCAUUUGUGGCUCUGACCGAUGAGAGCAGAAAUCAAGCGUGUACACAGCCACGUUGUUACAUGUGCAACUGGGCAGUCCGAGCUGCUCAAAAGAGCUCAAAUGUCGGUGUAAAGAGAGCUGUGGACGGAGUUGAGAAAGGUACUCGAGAGAAUGGCAACACAGAAAUCUCCAUAAUGGCUACAACCAGCGAACCGAAAAAUUCUACCGCACCAGACAAUUAUUGCAAAAGUUGCAAAGGAAAAUUACCCUUGCGGGCCGAAAGAUUGAAACUUAUGCCGACAGCUGAACACCCGACUAGACAGUGUACUUGCUGCAUCAUUACGCUGCCACUAUCGUCGCUCACUGAAAAAAGCAGAAAUGUCAAGUUUGCUAAGCCUGUUUGCAACACAUGCGAUGCAGCUAGAAGCCUGGCAUCUACGACGGAAGACAAAACUCCAAUACCUACAAAUUCGACCCAACCGAAUCCCGAGAAAACGCCGGAAGUCAUUGUGAUCGAUGAAGAGGACGAAGAAGGGGAAGUAUUGGAACAAGAAAGCUGCAAAUGUUGCGGAGGCACGUUGAUCCCUCCAGUGAAGAGAGUACAAAUGAUGAAGGAUGCAGCGAAGAAAUUGGGAGGAAAGAAACCUCCGCCUUCGAGACAAUGCGCCUGUUGUCGCAUAACUUACCCGUCAGAGGCAUUGACCAAGAAGAGCAGGAAAAUGACACGUGUUGUACCUAUUUGCCAUAGUUGUUGCCAGGCUGGCGGACCACCUAUUUACGAAAUGCUCUGCACGAGUGACGAGUUUAUUGAAGCUUUUCAAGUGGAGGACCCUGCUGCUGCUCGACAGUUCUUAAAAAGGAAAGAAAACGGAAAACUCGCGAAGGCAGUAGAAGCUCAGAGAAAACGGAUGAAGAAGAUGAAUAACCCGCCAAAGGCGUUGAAGAAAGAAGUUCCAAGCGUACAACCGACGAGCAAGCAAUCGCCCAAGGCUGUUGCAUCACAUCCAAUCAACAGACCGCAAAAGAUAACGGGCCGACUAUUUGGCGGAGGACCUCGCUACCACCUGAUGCCAAUGAUGGCGAGAAAGAGUAUGCCGGCCGCUCGAUUAAUUAUCGGAAGACCAGCAAAUAAAACGUAUGCAGCUUUAGAUACAGAAGCGUAUGCAGAGGCAGAAGCUAACGAAGGAUCACCAGGUUUGGAGCCACUGGGAUCGCCUACAGGCAGACUGGCGGUGAGGAAAAGCAUGCCGGCACCUCGGUUAACCAUUGGGGAACCAGUGAACAGUAGUGGAUUCCCACAGACGAGAACUCAAGUGGAACAGAACGGGGAGCAGCAUUUAGACCAGACAGCGCCACCCGGGCUACCGAGACCGCGGACGGCGCAGUGGCUUCGUCAAUUUGAACUUGUUGAUGGGAACACUGCUCGAGAACGACGACUGGAGGUGCGAAAUGAAUCCAAGGAAGAACAAGCUGACAAGAAGAGGCAGCGAACAGAGUGAUAGAGCUGUGUUAUGGAUCAGCAUAAAACUAUAAUU